GCUUUUCCAACCUUAACCCGUUUCAGUGACAUGUACAAAAGGUUUAACUCAUUCUUCCAAUGGAUCAGGGAGGGUUUGGUCUUAAAAUAUCUGCAUUUAAGUAUAACAUGUUUUCCUAAAAGGAUCAAAAUGUUGAGAACAAAGUCUACCUUCUCAUCUUCAACAAAAACACCAAACCUUUAUAUUCAACACUGUCAGAGGUGGGGUGAAGGUGUAUCUAGUGGGUAAUCGGUUUUUUCCGAUGGUCAUGAAACUACCUGAAUGCGGCAUUGUUUUCGGUGGUAUUUGAUUGCCGGACCAAAAGCGGAAGAGGCGUGGUCAAGUGACGUAGGGGAUGUUUUGCUAACGGGUAGCUAACAGCUACUAGGCUAACUUUGUGUUACAGCAAAGCCUGUUCUAAUCUCCCCGACGUUACCCCAUACGGUCCUUUUCUCUUUGGAAACAUUUGACAUACGUGUGAAUUUUCGACAUUUUAAAACCACGCGAGACAUGAACGGGAGCACGAAUCCGCUGUUGGACAAAGAGGAGCAUGUUCUGAAGCUCGGAGAAAGCUUCGAGAAGAGGCCAAAGUCUUCCUUUCACACUAUCAGAUAUGACUUCAAACCGGCGUCCAUCGACACGAGCUGCGAGGGAGAGCUGCAGGUCGGGAAAGGAGAUGAAGUCACGAUCACGUUACCUCACAUCCCGGGCUCCACGCCUCCCAUGACGGUGUUCAAAGGAAACAAGCGGCCGUACCAGAAGGACUGCGUGCUCAUCAUUAACCACGACACCGGGGACUUCGUACUGGAGAAGCUGAGCAGCAGCAUCCAGGUCAAGAAAACCAGGGCGGAGGGCAGCAGUAAGAUCCAGGCACGGAUCGAGCAGCAGUCGGUUCGGUCCAGCCAGCCCAGCUCUCAGUUCCGGGCCCCCACCAAGCCCGGGGCCGGGGUCAAAACCUCCCCUUCUCCUUCCAAGGAUAAUCCCUCCCCAGAGCCUCAGCUCGAUGACAUCAAGAGAGAGCUGCGGGCCGAGGUGGAGGUGAUCGAGCAGAUGAGCAGCAGCGGCAGCAGCUCCUCGGACUCGGCCAGCGCCUCCGGGAGCGGCGACGACAGCAGCAGUGAGGGCGAGCACGACGCCCCCCGACCGCUCAGCCAGACCUCGCCCAGCCGCCCCCCCGUGGCCAACGGGGGAGCCGAGCGGCAGCAGGGCAACAACCAGCUCAUGAACACACUCCGAAACGACCUCCAGCUCAGCGAGUCGGGCAGCGACAGUGAUGACGACUGAACUCUCCGUUGGUCAGUCUCUCUCUCUCUCUCUCUCUUUCUCUCUCUCUCUCUCCACACACUCCUCCUUUCUGCCUGGUGCUACUGUUCCUUUGCUGUGAUAACUGACACCAGCUGUAUAUCUUGGUUUGACUGUUUUUCUGAUUAGAUUUUAGUAUAUAUCCCUAAAGCUGGCCAGCCUGGGACUUUAAGAGUGUAUUUUUAUUAGAUGUAUAUUUUGUUUUGUAUAGCGAGACUUGAGAGGUUUGGAAGAUUAUAUAUUAGAGUGCACAUACAUAUUUUCUGUACUUAGAGCUGCUAGUUUUAUCUACUCAUAUCAUGUGUUUUUGUUUUUAGGCUAAGACAGUGAAGAGAUUGUCUUAAAAUAUCAUCCCUCAUUCUCUCACCUUGUCUGGUUAUUCAUCAGAGAAGGUUGGGGGGGGGGGGGGGGGGGGGGGGGGGGGGGGCUCUCCACAUCGUUUGUGUCAAUUCACUAUGAAUACAAAAAUCGCAGCAUUGCACAGAUAAACCUGUGCAUCCUGCAACAUCAGCAACAAAUCAGAGAAAACACACAUCUGCUUAACUAGUGGGUUGAGAUCAGUGUGUACUCUGUGCCUUCCAUAGUUUUAAAGGGUUUGCUGGUUAUCUUUCAUGAAGUUAUAAAUCUCACCUUCAUUUGUUAGAAAUGAAUAAAUGUCUUUUUAUGGGAUUUGUUGACAAGAAGAAAAAUACAGAGUUGUACUCUUGGUCUUGAUCUUUAAACAGUUACUAGAUGAACUUUUAGGUUGCUGUUGUGUUAUGAUUUCACUUUUCAGGUUUUGGCAUUGUGAGUUCAGUUUAGUCAUACAACAGAUUUAGUAGAUUAAGAUUCUGCCUAAUUUGAUUUAGACUUCUGACAUCCAGAGCCACAUGGACCCCAUCAAUGGAGCCAAGUUGCAGCUGUUAAAAGCUGCAUUUCAUCAUUUUGUCAUCUGUUUUGUAACCAGAAGGGGGCAGAAAAGACCCCCAAAUCAAACUCACAGAAACACAGACCUGAUACUGUAUGUAUAAGCUAAUAAUGUUAUGGCUAAUGUGUUAGCAACAGUUGAAUGUAAGGUUGUUCUCCACAAACUCCUGAGAAAAAUAUCUGGCUUCUGUUUUUGAUCAGGGCGUCAGAAACUCCCACAUACGGUCUGUUUGUAGCUGGAGAAUCAAAAACACUGAGCCAAAA